UCUGUGUCACCAAAUUCCCAUUUGCGUGAAAAACCCACUCAGCAGGCAGGCUUGCCUGAGAUGAGUUGGCACUCGUGCAGCCACAAGGCUGCACAGUUGAGUUGUAGAAUGUUUACCGUCACUCUCCAUAUCUGCUCGGCUAGCUGCGUGCUGGCAACUAGAACGAUUGUCUUGCGCUUAUUCUUUGGAGAUGCCAUCUUCUUUGCUGAAGUUGUUGUUCGUUCCGCUGGAUCGAGCUGUUUUUGACCUAUAUUCGAAGCCCAAACCUCAAUUUUCAUUAUUUCUGACGCUGUUCUGUUUGCUUCAUGGAAUUGUUGGCCUUUUAGCCGAGUUCUCGGGUCUGGGCUAACGUUAUUCUCCGUUUCUCCUGGGAACAAAGACGGUAGUUCUCCUGCUGGAUACGGAAGGAGACGAUGUAGCUCGGUCCUUGGUAUUGGAAAGACCAACGAAUCGAAGAAAUUGCAAAAAGAAUGAAUCACUUUGGCGGACCAAAUCAGUACUAUAAUCCUCAAGACUCAUCAGCUAUGAUCCAUGGCCCCCGAGGUGGCAAUGUUCCAGCUGGCACUGGUGGGGUAGUUUAUCAGCCUGUGUAUGCUGCUACCCCAAGUGCAGCAGCUCCUAAUGCUGCUGCUGCUCCACAAGCAGUCCAGCCAGUGGAUGGCAACCCAGGUCAUGGAGCUGUGCAGUAUCAGGCGGGCACUUACGCCAUGCCCGUGAAUACACAGUGGUGGCCGCAGGGCUCGGUCUUGCAGGCGGCAGCACCGGCGGUGGCGUGGCAGCCCGCUGGAGCUGCGCCAGCGACCAAUAGCAGUGUGUUUGUGCAAACGCCAGCCGGCUCAGCCACAGCUGUUGUUCAGCAGCAGCAGCAGCAGCAGCCGUCUCAACAGCAGCCACAGCCGCAGCAAUCACAUGCUCUGUACGCACAGGUUCACCCUGCGGCAGCCGGCCAUGGUGCUGUGUUUGCAAUGGCCAGUCCUCCUCACUAUAUGCUGGAAAACCGUGCACCGAUGAGUGCCUCCAGCCACAGUGGUAGUGCUAGUUUAGUGUCUGGUCCGGUCUACGCGGAGCCAGUGGAUUCGUCGCCGGUACGUCACGGCAGUGCAAGGAGUCUCUCCAGUGCCAGUCAGCUGAGAAGUCGCAGUAGAAGCCCGGAUGACCGACGUGCGCCAAAGCGACCUCGAUAUGAGCUCGGUGAUAGUCGUGGUAGUGCAGAUGGCCCUGGUCCAGGUGAUCACCGGUUGAAGAGCUUGCCAGCCAAUGGUUCUACCAGUGCAAGUAGUAGAUAUGAAACGACGAAGCAUAGCAGUGUCUCCAGUGCAUUCACUCCUGUCACUUGUCCUCUAUCGACAAACAGUUGCCAAACUAGCGUCGCCACCAUAAGCAAUGCACACACUGAUGACAACAAGAAUCUGUCGUUUAGAGAUGAUGACAUUGGAGACUGCCCACCGCUCAUGUCAUCACUUUCGCAAGGCUCGGUGGCCAGUACCUCGAGCUACACCGAAAGUUCUGCUUCAAGCUCUGCUGCAGUUGAUUCUGUAGCACCCAAUGUCAACACAGGUAUUGCUACUAGCAGUUCACAAUCAAGAAUACAGCAGCAGCAGCAACAACAGCAGCAACACCAGCAGCAGCAGCAGCGUCGGCCACCGCUAUACCAGCAGCGCCAACAGCAGCAGCGAAGCAACAGAUACACUCAUGUUAGUGAUAAUCAGAAUGAUUGUGACGGAAGUGCCGCCGCUUCUAGCAGUGAGGAGGAGGACAAAGACAACAACGGCGGUGGUACAACCAGUAAUGACAGUAGCGAAGAAGAGGAGUCUGCCAGUGAGCACAGCAGUAGCACAUCUAGUCAUUUUGAUCCGCGUGGUGGAUAUGGCCUGCCUAUCACCACGCCUACUCUGGUGGCACGGAAGAAACAAAGUCCACCGCCGGUGCCGCCACUGCAGUCAAAGCACCUUGCCCAGCGUCCGCGAAAAGCCCGGCCAUCUGCAGCUCGUCCGUCUGCAGCACGGCCAUCAACCGCACAGCCGACCCCAGCACGAUCGACUGCCUCAACUGCUGCGCGGUCGACUGCCUCAGCUGCUGCACGGUCAACUGCCUCAACUGCUGCACGACCAUCCCAGGCCCGACCAUCCCCGGCACGACCAUCCCAGGCACGACCAUCCCAGGCACGACCAUCCCCGGCACGACCAUCCCCGGCACGACCAUCCCCGGCACGACCAUCCCUGAUGAGGCCAUCCCAGGCAAGGCCACCCCAGCCAAGGCCAUCCAUGGUAAGGCCAUCCCUGGCACGACCAGCACGCAGUGCAGCAGCCGUGUCGAAGGUCUCAUCGGCUGCCGUUCUUAUGCAUGAGUCUAGUGAUGAUGGUGUGGAUGAGGUUGAUGAUAGCAACGACAGCGAUGGCAGUGGGAGCAGUGAUGAGAAUGGUGAUGGAUCUGAAGGCAGCUCAUCUAGCGACAGUGAUAGUGACAGUGAUGGUAGUUCGUCCAGUGACAGCAGCUCUUCCAGUGAAAGUGAUGGCAGCAGCAGCAGUGGUAGCGGCAGCGGCAGCAGCAGCAGUGAUGGAGACGAAGAUGAUGAUGGCCAGGCCACGGGAACUUGCAGUGGUUCGAAUGCUUCGUCUUCAGACACAUCUGCUGUGUCUUCUGAUGCUGAACCGCCUCCACUGAAGCCAACCGUGGUACCUAUCGUUAGUCCCGCUAAUCCAGCCGGUCGGCGUCGUCAAGUGGAUGAGACGGCUGUAAAGGUUCCUCUUAGCUAUGGCUGGAAACGUGAUACUCGUCUGAGGCCGAAAUUUCGCGGUGCGAUGCGUGGCGAUGUGUUCUACUUUUCACCGUGCGGAAAGAAACUCCGAACUUACCCGGAGGUCCAACGGUACCUGGAUGCCAAUGGUAUUUCUAAUUUAAACAUCAGUAAUUUCAGCUUUAGUACGAAGCUCAUGGUGGGAGAAUUCCAUGAGAAAGUUCAGGGAGAAAGGGAGCUUGUCAAGUUGACACCUAGAGAAGUCAAUGAGCGGCAGCUAAUCGCAGAUCGCCGUUGGAAACACCCUAAAGCUCAUUCUGCCGCCACCUCCGUGAGUGCACCUGUUGCUGCCCCUGCUGUUGCGGCGGUGCCAAGAAGCAGCACGGCAAGGAGUGGUGCGCUGUCUGCUAGGCACAGCUCAGCAUCAGCAAAGGGUAGUAUAGCUGCGGCAAGGGGCAGCACGAAGAGGGUGCCUGUGAAGAAGUAUGGGCGAAAGGGAAAAGCUGAGCCAAAGGGCCGUGGCAAGAAGAUGACAGCGCUCCGACGAAAACAAUUGAAAGUAGCUGAGAAAAUACGUCUCAAAGAAGAAGUCAAGCGCCGGAAGCAAGAGGAGAAGCAAAUGAAACGCGAGCUGAAGAUUCAGGAGAAGGCACUGCGCAUCCAACAAGCUGAGGAGAUAAAGCAACAGCGACGGGUGGAAGCUGAGCGACUCCGUGUCGAGGAAGCUAGAAAACGCCAGCAGGAACGUGAGAUGAAGAGGGAUGAGCUAAGAAAGGAGAAAGAAAUGAAACGGCUGCAGAUCUUGAAGGAGAAAGAAAUGAAAAGGCAGGAAUUGAUAUUACGACGCCAGCAAGAGGCUCAAUUCAGGGCAGAGGAGCGUGAGAAGCGCCGUCUAGAGUUGGUCAUGCGACGUGAGUCAGAAGCAAAGAAGAGAGCAGAGGAACGGGAGAAACUUCGUGAACAGAGGCUUGCAGCCAAGCUACAAAAGCAGGAGGAAAGGCGACGGCAAGAGGAGCUUGAGCGUUCUCUGCGUCGUCCGGGUGAAGAUCUACUUGUCUGUGGUGGAGCUGAGCUUCCUAAACUGCAACGUCUGGAAACCCCGGUUCACAGCAGAGAAUUUGGCAUGCUGCUGACAGUGUCUCAAUUUCUGCAGGACUACUCCUCGGUUCUAGAACUUGAAUUUGCGGAUGGCUACAUUCCCGAUCUUGCCGACUUGAUGAAGUACGUCACUCAGAAGGAGCUCGUGGACGAUUUCUUGCGCCUCAUCGAACAGCUGCUCACUGUCCUUCUUGGUGACGAAAUGGCAUCAGCUCAGAUGGUUGAUGAUGUUCUUGGAGUGCCGUUGAGUACUAUCAAACUCAGCUAUGGACACCUGAGUGAAGUACUGCGACUGUACAUUGUUCAUGAGCUCAACCAACCAGCUGGUGGUCGCUGUGCUGCUGCAGUCAAGGAGGCUGUUACUCUACUGGAUCGGUUUCCACUCAGCGCCCUGUGUCCAUCUUGGAAGGCAAGGCUUUUAGAGUUUUUGGUCAACGACAUCUGCAGCUCAGCUUUCAUUGCCCAACAUGUUGAGCAUCAGCUGGAAGUAGCUGCUGACUUGAAGCGAGACAAGAUGAAGGUUGAAUGUCGUCUGCGAAAGCUCCGUGUGUUGUACAAGAAGAUCUUUGCUCGCCAGCGCCGCCCACGGCGCACGGCAGACCUCAGCCAGUUCCCCGCCACGGCACUGGAGAUGUAUGGACACGGUAGUGGCAGCGCUGCUGGUACUAGCCAUUCUGGCACGGGUGCUGGAGCUAACGGCGUCAAUGACUCAUCCGCCAACGAGGAAGGCGCUGCUAGGAGGUCUCAUUCUGGAGAUAUCGAAGCAGAAGAUGACAAGGCGAGCAAGUAUGAGGAAGAUGAUGAAUAUGACGAGGAGGAAGAUGUGUCAGAUGAAGACGAUGAUGGUUCGAGCACUGAGGGCGAAGAUCAAGGCAAUGCGGAGGAAGAUGAAGACAACGAGGCCAUCGAUAUCCAGCUGUUUGAAGGUGAACUUGUUGUUUCAACCAAAGAAUCAGCCGAAGAACAGAUUGCUGUCUGUGUGAAGUGGCAAAACCGUCUCCGCAAUCGUUACAACACGGCAAUGCGACAGGUUCGCACCACUCCAUGCGGCCACGAUCGGUAUUUCCGUCGCUACUGGAUCUUCCCCGGUCAAGCGGACGUUUACGUGGAGGGCCUCGAUCAUGACCCGCUGUCUAGCACCAUACAGACCAUAGCUAACGAGCCAUGCGCUGGAACCGCUCGCUUUGGCUUUACCGACUCGGCUUCCAACACACCGGUUUCUCACAGUGCUCGCAUCGAGGCCAAACCAACGAAGAGGGCCAGCUUCCUGGAGCUGGAACGUCAGAGGUUGGCAGAGACGCAGAAGCUAUGGGAAGCGGAUGAUGCCCGCACAGAGGACAUGGCAAGGCUGCAAGAAGACCCCUCGUCCGGUGUUGCUGAUGGGAGUGGUUUGCCUGAUGGCUUGCAUCAUGUGAACCACUCCGCUGCCCCUACUGCUGCUGCUGCCGCUACACCUAACCUGCCCGUGCCUUCAUUCACGCAGUAUAAUAGCCAGUCGUCAUCAUGGCUGGGUGUGUCACCUGCAGCGAGUACAUUGGCAACUGUUGCUAGUAGCUCUGCAUCGGCGUGUCCUGUCACUGCCCAGCCAGCCACUCCAACUAUGGCCAAUGCUAAUGCAUCCGAGGGCAGUGUUGCUGGUGGAGACUCGCCUGUCAAGUCCGUCGCUACCACAGUCAGUGUUGACGAUGUACCAGAGCACUUGCAGGAAACACUGGAUGUACACUCGCUCAGCCCAGAUGUGAUCCAUGGCUGGUUUCAUUUAAAUAGUGCGCCUGCUAUGAGGGAGUUCGUCGACGCCCUGCACCCAAGAGGGCAGCGAGAGCAGAUUCUGCGCCCUUCACUGCACAGACACAUCGAUGGUCUUGGCGAGCAGCCAGUCGAGUCACCUGAGGACUCUAAUGCACCAUUUGGUAGAUGCACGACUGCCACAACGCCAGCAGACGAGGCCAGCGUGCUGGUUGACCAGUGUCGGCAAGGUCUGGAUGAGAUGACAGCAUCACUGUUAGACAUUGCUCAGCGCGUUACCGACGCUAACCUGCAGAGUGGUGGGCAGGAAGUUGAAAAGGAGAAGAUUGAUGCUCUACAGUCAAUGAAGAACGAAGAUGAGUUGCUGAAGGAAGCUCGGGAGCAGCUGCUGCGGCUGGAAGGUGUGAUUGAUCGUCGUUACUUGAAGCCUCCGUUUCGGGAAAAGAAAAAGGCAGGCAUGGUAUCAAAAGCGAAAGACACGUCAGAAGAUAGUGAUGUCACGCCGGCAUUGGCUACAUGGCGGUCCAGUGUUGACAACGCUGGCUCUGCCUCUCGCAUACAGCUAUGUGCCUGGCAGCUUUGCUCGUCUGUAGCCUGGGAGAAGUCCAUCAUGAAAGUGUAUUGCCAGCAGUGUAGAAAGGGUGACAACGAAGAUCUGCUGCUGCUCUGUGACGAGUGCGAGAACGGCUAUCACACCUACUGCUGUGUGCCCAAGCUGUCCAAGGUGCCAGAAGGUGAUUGGUUCUGCCGGGCCUGCUUGCUCAUGGCUGAACGAGGUCAUGAGUGUGAGCCGUGUGCUGGCAAGGGCGCUGGCCAUGUGGUGUGCUGUGGAACUUGUGACAAGAUACACCACCUCUCCUGUCUUGCUCCUCCGCUUACAAAAAUGCCUCGUCUCCCUUGGACUUGCUCAGGAUGCAAAAAGCAGGUCAAGCAGCGUCGGCAAAACGAAGAUGACAUGACUCGUCAGGGCAAGAAAAAGGACCUGUCGUCGUGCCGUCCUAUGUUGGCUGAGCUGGAGAAGCACGAGGACGGUUGGCCGUUCCUUGCGCCAGUUAGCCGCAAGCAGUUUCCUGAUUACUACAAAGUCAUUGACGCACCAAUGGAUUUCAGUGCUAUUCGGCAAAAACUGAAAGAUGGAAAGUUCUCGUCUCGAGAUGAAUUUGCUAAUAGCGUCCGUCUGGUGUUUGAUAAUUGUCAAACAUACAACGAAGAUGAUUCGGAGGUUGGCUGUGCGGGUCACGCAAUGCGCCAUUUCUUCGAGAAGCGAUGGAAGGAAGUGUGUUCUUCCACGUCAUCUGGGUUGAGUACGUAGCUGGGCAGCGUUCUUUAUUUAUUGCCUGCCCCUGUGUGUGUGCAUGUGCGUGUGUGUGUGUGUGUGUGUUUGUGUGUGUUUGUGCUUGUCUGCGUGUGUGAUAUCAUCUAAUAUUGCUGUGCAAUAGAUUUGUAUUGUGUGGGUCAUGUGGAUAUGUUUGAUCUCUAAUCCUCGUCUUUGAUAGACCUGUACAAUUUAGGCGUGCUGUCCUGCAUGGCGAAUUUUUACCCUUUUCUGUCACCGCUUUGUUUUUGUUUGACGUGUCGAUUGUAACUGACUUUUAGAACGUUUUAAGCACUAGCUGUCCGAAUGCGACAAGAUUAUUUGAAUUUUAGCGGAUUUUAGCCCUUCCUUUUCUGACCUUAAAAAAAGUCUUUCAUUUCACUCUGCACUAUUUUUCAAAUCAUGUUACAAAAACCACCCUCUCUCCUCCUGCUCCUUCUCGGACCCCCCCCCCCCCCCCCCCCCCCCUCCUUCCCACUCACUCUCUCUCCCUCCCUCCAUCUCUCCCCUCCGGUGGUCCUGUUUUAACACCUACGUCAACUCUGAUUUUUAUUUCACUAAUAUUUAGAAUCCAAGUGCAACCUUUUUUUUGCUUUAGCUCCAGUCCGGAAAUUAGUUUUGACCGCUUCUAUUCUCGAUGCCAUGAUUUGAAGUACUAUGACCACAUACAUUGUACAUUGCUCAGUGUGUGUAGCAUGAUGAUUUGUAUCUGUGCCAGUUUGAUUCUGAAUGCCAUCGAUCAAAUGUGAAAACGUUAUCCUUGUCAAACA